UGGUGAAGUGUGUGCCCUGAAGAAAAUGAAGAAACGCACAUUGUUCAAAAUGGACGAGGUUCGACAUGUUCUCGUGGAGCGGGAUAUCCUUACUGCAACCAAGACCCCUUGGCUUGUACGCCUCCUUUACGCGUUUCAAGAUGCACAGCACGUAUAUUUAGCGAUGGAGUACGUCCCUGGGGGAGAUUUCCGAACCCUUUUAAACAAUUCUGGUGUUCUGAAAGAAGAACACGCGAGGUUUUAUAUCAGCGAAAUGUUUGUCGCCGUCAACGAAUUGCAUAAACUGGGAUAUAUACACCGUGACCUUAAACCCGAGAAUUUUCUUGUGGACGGUACUGGCCACGUCAAAUUGACUGACUUUGGCCUCGCAACCGGAGCACUAAAUCCAAAACGUAUCGAGUCUCUAAAAGUCAAACUCGAUAAAGUCAAAGACAAUCAAGUCAUAUAUCGCUCAACGCUUGAACGUCGAUCCCUCUACCGCUCAGUCAGGAAUGAAGACCCUCGUUAUGCAGAUUCCAUUGUUGGUUCUCCUGAUUAUAUGGCUCCAGAGGUACUCCGAGGAAAACCAUAUACGUUCUCUGUAGAUUAUUGGUCCCUUGGUUGCAUAUUCUUCGAAUUUCUUGCGGGAUUUCCACCUUUUAGCGGAGGCACACCUGAGGAAACUUGGACCAAUCUCAAAAACUGGACAAAAGUUCUGAGGCGACCUGAGUAUGAUAAACCAGAAGACCUUAUCUUCAAUUUGACUGACAUUGCGUGGGACGCAGUGACCAGACUCAUUUCGCACGCCAGCGUUCGUUUCGCUACUUUGGCCCAAGUACGCAAUCAUCCCUUUUUCGAAAAUAUCAAGUGGGAAGAUCUCCGAUCUGUGAAAGCCCCGUUUGUUCCCGCGCUGGAUUCUGAAAUUGAUACAGGCUACUAUGACGAUUUCACGUCUGCAGAAGACAUGGCCAAGUAUGCAGAAGUUAAGGAGAAGCAGAAAAAUGUAGAGAAAGUAAAAGAGAAAGAAGAGUCAUUUGGCAGGGGAGUAUGGGUGGGAUUCACAUUCGGGAAAAAUGGACCUGGGGCGAAGAUUCUCGAUACAUUCGACACAAGGCUUGAUGAUAAUGGAGCGCUGGCUACCAUAUUUUGAGCAGCCUACUUACAUCCUCUGUACAAUUUAUAUGACCUUACCAUUCACACGCCCUGUCCACUAAAAUUGGGUAUUUUUGCAAUUGUAUGAAGAAUUAUCAGUAGC